UACAAGAGGGAGACUCUGAAGACAACAAAGUACGUGGAGCUUGUUAUUGUGGCAGAUAAUCGUGAGUUUCAGAGACAAGGCAAGGAUGUGGAGAAAAUUAAGCAGAGGCUGAUAGAAAUUGCAAACUAUGUUGAUAAGUUCUAUAGGCCACUAAAUAUUCGAGUAGCUCUGGUUGGAGUGGAAGUAUGGAAUGACAUGGAUAAGUGCUCUAUUUCUCAAGAUCCUUUCACAAGCCUUCAUGAGUUUCUGGACUGGAGAAAACUAAAACUACUACCUCGUAAACCCCAUGACAAUGCACAGCUGAUAAGCGGGGUGUACUUCCAAGGGACGACCAUUGGCAUGGCGCCCAUAAUGAGCAUGUGCACUGCAGAGCAGUCCGGAGGGGUCGUCAUGGAUCACUCAGAAAACCCUCUAGGUGCAGCAGUCACGCUGGCUCAUGAACUGGGACACAAUUUUGGAAUGAAUCAUGAUACCUUGGAGAGGGGCUGUAACUGCAAAGCGUCUACCGAUAAAGGGGGUUGCAUCAUGAACCCGUCUACUGGCUAUCCAUUUCCCAUGGUAUUCAGUAGCUGCAGUAGAAAGGACCUGGAAAACAGCCUGGAAAAAGGAGUGGGAAUGUGUCUGUUUAACUUGCCUGAAGUCAAGGAGUCCUUCGGUGGCCAGAAGUGUGGGAAUGGCUAUGUGGAAGACGGAGAGGAGUGUGACUGCGGGGAGCCUGAGGAAUGUACAAACCGGUGCUGUAAUGCAACUACCUGUACUUUGAAACCGGGAGCAGUGUGUGCACAUGGACUUUGCUGCGAAGACUGCCAGUUAAAACCAGCGGGGAUUUCUUGCAGAGAGUCAAGUAAUUCCUGCGAUCUGCCUGAGUUUUGCACAGGAGCCAGCCCUCACUGCCCAGCUAACGUGUACCUGCACGACGGGCACGCGUGCCACAGGGUGGACGGCUAUUGCUACAACGGCAUAUGCCAGACCCACGAGCAGCAGUGCAUCACCCUCUGGGGCCAAGGUGCGAAACCUGCUCCUGGGAUCUGCUUUGAGAGAGUCAAUUCUGCAGGUGAUCCUUACGGCAACUGUGGCAAAGACUCCAAGAGCUCCUUUGCUAAAUGUGAACCCAGAGAUGCUAAAUGUGGAAAAAUCCAGUGUCAAGGAGGAGCAAAUCGACCUGUAAUUGGUACCAACGCUGUUUCCAUAGAAACUAAUAUCCCACUUCAGGAAGGUGGCAGGAUUCUGUGUCGUGGUACCCACGUGUAUUUGGGUGAUGAUAUGCCCGAUCCCGGUCUUGUGCUGUCAGGAACCAAGUGUGAAGAUGGAAAAAUUUGCCUUAAUCGCCGGUGCCAGAAUACAAGUGUUUUUGGUGUACAUAAGUGUGCAACAAAGUGCCAUGGACGUGGAGUCUGCAACAAUAAAAAGAACUGUCACUGCGAGGCUGACUGGGCCCCCCCCUACUGCGACAAGCCCGGGUUUGGUGGCAGCAUGGACAGCGGACCGAUUAGACAAGCAGAUAAUAAGAGUUUAACCAUAGGAGUGUUGAUAACCAUUCUGUGCCUCGUCUUUGCUGGAUCAAUCAUGUAUCUGAAAAGGAAGACGUUCAUGAGAUGGUUGUUUACAAGUAAAAAGACAACAAUAGAGAAACUAAGGUCUGUGAGUCCAGCAAGACCUUCCAGUUCAUCUGAACCUAAUCAUGUUCAUACCGCGUCUCUCAGUAAAAAUCUCAUCACGAAGCCACAAAACACAAACAUACAAAAAAGAGAGGGUUCAAGAAGACCGCUGCCCUAUCAGAUCAUUGACAUUAGUGACCCCGUGAAGACGCACGAUUUGCCACAGUUAAGAACGCCGCAGCGAGUCCUGCCACCCCUUCCCCAGCUGCCAUGUCACCAAGCUGUGCCUGAAAGACCCUUGCCAGCCACCCCUUCGCUGCGGUUCACCCAGGAAAACCCCAAACCCAACCCUCCUCGGAAGCCUCUACCAGCAGACCCUCUGACCAGAGCGCGCUAUAACAGCGCAUGCACGGCAGUGCCUGGACACGCGAAAGCUCUGCCUCACGUUGCUCCCGUAAGACCAGCUCCGAAGCAUCCACCACAGGAAUCCAGGUCCAGCAACACUGUUGACGUGAAAUGA